GUGUGUUCUGCCAAAGUUUCUCUGCAGCUUCUCCUCUUCUCAGAAAUUAGGGUUCCGUCUCAAAUUACGAGCAGAUCUCGUACUCUCUGAUGUCUGAAGAUCCGGAGUACCGUUGCUUCAUUGGUGGGCUUGCUUGGACAACGUCUGAUCGUGGUCUCAGAGAUGCCUUUGAGAAGUAUGGUCACCUCGUUGAGGCCAAGGUGGUUCUUGACAAGUUUUCUGGUCGCUCCCGUGGUUUUGGAUUCAUCACUUUCGAUGAGAAAAAAGCUAUGGAUGAAGCUAUUGCAGCAAUGAAUGGAAUGGAUUUGGAUGGGCGAACUAUCACUGUUGAUAAAGCUCAGCCUCAUCAGGGUGGUGCAGGCAGAGAUAAUGAUGGUGACCGUGGUCGAGACCGUGGAUAUGAUCGUGAUCGCAGUCGUCCCUCUGGUGGGCGAGGUGGUGGAGAUUGCUUUAAAUGUGGCAAGCCUGGACAUUUUGCAAGAGAGUGUCCUUCUGAAAGUAGUAGAGAUGGUGGUGGAAGGUUCAGCUCAAAGGAUGAUAGGUACAGUUCGAAGGACGAUAGGUAUGGUGCAAAAGAUGAUAGGUAUGGUGCAAAGGAGGAUAGGUAUGGUGCAAAGGAUGAUAGGUACAGCUCCAAGGAUGAUAGGUACAGCUCCAAGGAUGAUAGGUAUGGUAGUAGGGAUGGUGGAGGUAGUCGCUAUGGACCUGAUCGCAGUGGUGAACGCGCUGGAGGACGCAGCCGGGAUGGUGGCAGCCGUGGAGCUCCAGGAGGUGAGAGGCACAGUCGUGCUCCAUAUGACCGCCCCAGAGCUGGUGGUUUCCACUAGAAUUCUACUCCAAAGGUUAAAGAAGUUGAAGGUUUCUGCUUUCAGCUCGUGUCAAGUCAAAGUUACGCUUGAUGGUCUAUUUUCUUCAAUGUAUUUGGAUAGCUCGAGAAAGAAGAUGUGUUCUCUAUUUUGGCCCUAAACUCAAGAGUCGACUAUGUUCCUAAAGUGCUCUCUCUCCUUUUGAUAUGUUGAUCCCUAUGGAAACCUUGUGCUUGGUUGGUUUGAGACAAUUUGAGAUGUGCUACUUUAUGCUUAUCGUAAUGAAUGCGUGGGUUAUCCCCCAACACCAAAUAUGCAAAAGCCUCAGGAUGGUCUGAUACUCGGGUUUAGCCGUGAAAAUUAAAGACUGAUCUAUAAAACUUGUGAUGGGAUUGGGAAAUAUACAUUGCUGAUUGAUACUUGGCUACUGGAACUCAAACAUCCCUUCAUGAGCAACAAAUUGUCAUUUUCAGGAAAAAGAUUGACUUUGUGCAAUUUUAGAUCUUGGCAAGUCAAAUCCAAUAGUUUUCUUCAACUAGGGAAAUUUCUACAGCCAAAUGGUCUCUGGUUGGCUCGUCUAGUAUAGCUCACUGGGUUUAUCUUCGAUCUAUUCUUUGUGGGUUCUUCGUGCCUCUUCGUCUACUUUGUUUCUUGCUCGUGACCUCUACCUCUGCCUUUGAUUCUCAAGCUCUAAACUCCAGGAAUUGGGAAAUGGUGUUAAUGUAUAUAUAGUUAAUAUACGCUUGAAUAGGUAUCCUUACUUUGAUAAUUUGUUGAAAUUGCAUACAUAAAUAGGUCACACGAGUUAUGUCGGGAAAACACUGACUUGAUUAUUUUAUACAAGUGAAUAGUAUAUGUAUGGUUAGAACUUAGAUGCAUGACUAGUUCGUUCACCUUCUUUCACAAUUUUGUAUUGCAUACAUACAUACAUUGCUUAGGUGAAUAUAUAAUCAAUUUACCAUAAAUAAAUGACUUUGUAAGUCUCAUAAUUUAAGACUUUGUUUCUAACAUAAAGAAAGACUUUGUAGAACAUAUGAGUUGGUGUAUAGCUUAAACGUUGACUCAAUUAUUUGAUAGAAAUCGAAUAGCAUAGCUAUUCGACGCCACUAUUCGGUUACUCGUACCUCGACCACACCAAAUUAAGAACACUUACCGGAAGAAGAUAAAAGGAGAAAAUGGAAACUAAUCUCUUGUUGGUAAAGUGUGUCUUAUUAGCAUCAUGUCUCAUACAUCCCCGUGCUUGCUCUCCUUCUUGCAAUUUCCCGGCGAUAUUCAACUUCGGCGACUCUAACUCCGACACAGGUGGCCUUUCUGCCUCUUUCGGACAAGCCCCUUACCCAAAUGGCCAAACCUUCUUCCACUCCCCUUCCGGUCGUUUCUCAGAUGGUCGACUCAUCAUUGACUUCAUAGCGGAGGAGUUAGGUUUACCAUACCUAAAUGCUUUCUUAGACUCCAUCGGUUCAAACUUCAGCCAUGGUGCCAAUUUCGCCACCGCUGGCUCCACCGUCCGGCCACCAAACGCAACCAUCGCUCAGAGCGGUGUGAGUCCAAUCUCUCUCGACGUUCAAUUGGUCCAAUUCUCCGAUUUCAUCACACGAUCACAACUCAUUCGCAAUCGAGGUGGAGUGUUUAAGAAAUUGCUUCCCAAGAAAGAGUAUUUCUCUCAAGCAUUGUACACAUUCGACAUCGGUCAGAACGAUCUCACCGCUGGACUAAAACUUAACAUGACUUCAGAUCAAAUCAAGGCUUAUAUACCAGAUGUUCAUGAUCAGCUCUCUAACGUCAUUCGUAAGGUGUAUAGUAAAGGAGGAAGAAGAUUUUGGAUACACAACACAGCUCCACUUGGUUGUUUACCUUAUGUUUUAGACCGGUUCCCAGUACCGGCUUCUCAAAUCGACAAUCACGGUUGUGCAAUUCCGCGUAAUGAGAUUGCUCGAUACUAUAACUCUGAACUUAAAAGAAGAGUGAUUGAGUUGAGAAAAGAGCUCUCUGAAGCUGCGUUUACUUAUGUUGAUAUCUACUCUAUCAAGCUUACUCUCAUCACUCAAGCCAAGAAACUCGGUUUUAGGUAUCCUUUGGUGGCUUGUUGUGGACAUGGUGGGAAGUACAAUUUCAACAAGCUUAUUAAAUGUGGAGCUAAAGUUAUGAUCAAAGGGAAAGAGAUUGUGCUUGCUAAGUCUUGUAACGAUGUGUCGUUUAGAGUUAGCUGGGACGGUAUACAUUUCACUGAAACGACAAACAGUUGGAUCUUUCAGCAAAUAAACGACGGGGCGUUUUCGGAUCCUCCUCUUCCUGUGAAGUCUGCCUGCACCAGAUAGAAGAACUUAGGGAAUCAUAUGACCAAAGUGUCCUUGAA